AAGACAGUGGGCAGAAACCAACAGCUGAAGGUAGCCCACUAGCAAACAUGCAGCGCCAGACUCAGAAGUUGAUCGAAACGCGAGCGUGUUCCUUUACUAGAAAGCGUAAACACUACAGCAGGAGACCAUGUCCGACAGAAAAGCAGUCAUUAAGAAUGCCGACAUGUCAGAAGAGAUGCAGCAAGAUGCUGUAGAGUGCGCCACCCAAGCACUGGAGAAAUACAACAUUGAGAAAGAUAUUGCAGCCUACAUCAAGAAGGAAUUUGACAAAAAAUAUAACCCCACAUGGCAUUGCAUCGUGGGAAGAAAUUUUGGAAGCUAUGUGACUCAUGAAACUAAACACUUCAUUUACUUCUACCUUGGACAAGUGGCCAUCCUGCUGUUCAAGUCUGGAUAAAAAGAGACUGGAGAUGCCUGUUUUUUCAAUUAUACAACAACUGCUUACCCCACCUAGAUUUAUGACUGCAGAAAGGGACAGGCUCAUUUUGACUUUUUUUUUGGGUGUAUAAAGUUUAUUUCUUUCAAGGUUCAGGGACCCAUAUAUUGCUGCUUCCAGUCUUUGUUUAGUACUGUUAGGAGAUGCAGACUUGUUACAUGUAUUUAUUUUCAUGAAUUUUCUAUUAUGCAAAGCAGAUCAAAUCAGAGGACACUUUAAUAAAACCAUUUUUUAUUUAAAAAAAAAAAAAAAUUUUUUAAUCUCCUGCUGAUAAAGACUCAAGAUAAACAGACGUACACUUUAGUGAUGUAAGGUUUUAUUUUGGAUAGUUGAUUUGUCUAUUAAUUCUGGCCUCCAUAUUUUGGCACAAAAAUGUUCUAUCCCAUUUUAAUAUACUGAAGUGUGUUGUCCUGUCUAUGUGUGCUUAUACAAAGUGGUCAUAAAUAUUCUGCGUUUUCAGAUAGAAGGCCAAGGCCUAAGUGAGUAUUCCAAAUCUAAGCACUCUUGAGCAUGAAGGUGGCAAAUUUUAAAAAGUGGUGCAGUAAUAAAA